AUGUGACAUGUGUAUCUAUAUGCCCGAGUGGAAAAUAGAGCAAUAUCACUUCACCAUGAAAACACAUACGUCGUGAGCACUGAUGCAUAGCGUUUAAACUAGCUUUGCUUUUGCAAUUCGAAAAUGUGUUAAACGCGUUUUUAUGCAAGUUUUUGCUUUAAGACGAUCAAUUGUAACCUUGUAACCUAUAACGCUGUGUGUUAUCAGCUUUUAUUUGCAAGUGUGUUAUCUGUGGAUAUUUAGCAAUUUACUUGCAAGUGUGUUUAUUUAAAUCCGAACAAGGAAAUUUAUACAGGGCAAAGUUACAACAUCAGGGAGAAUGACGGAUCAUCUAACAGAAGAGCAAGUGAAGGAGUUUAAGGAGGCGUUUAACAUGUUCGACAAAGACGGCGACGGCUGCAUCACCACCGUAGAGCUCGGCGCCGUCAUGAAGCAGCUCGGGCAGCACCCGACCAACGAAGAGCUGAGGGACAUGAUCAACGAAAUGGACUCUGAUGGUAAUGGCACAAUUGAGUUUCCGGAAUUCAUAAAAGCCAUGGGAAAGAAGGCAAGUGAGGAUGAAUUAAGAGCAGCAUUCAAUCACUUUGACAAAGACGGCAAUGGAACUAUUCAAGCGUCUGAGCUCAAGGAGGCGAUGGAACAAUUGGGGGAGAGACUGACGGACGAUCAAAUCCGCGAGAUGAUGAGGGAAUGCGAUAUAGACGGGGACGGGGUCGUCAGCUUUCAGGAGUUCGUCAAAAUGAUGUCGACCGUUUAAAGACUGCAUGGUGAUCACAUUGAUUUACUAAUUGAACAUGGUUCGCUAUAAACUUCGUUAUACAGUGCAAACAACAACACCCAUAUAAAACAACAAUUGCGGACAUGUAAAGCGAUCAAUCAACGAUGGACUGAUGGUUCAAAACCAAAUGACAGCGAGGCAUUCGAUGAAACAGCCACGGCAAAAUUUAACGUACAUUUAUUUUACGAGAAAGGGUUGUAAAUUGGCUUAUAGUGUGAUGGGAUUUUCCUUCCUAUUUUGAAUCUAAAACAAAUCGACCACUAUGUUAACUCUUUCAGUGCUGGAACCGAAUUUUGAAGGCCUUUGCAAACAGUUUUGGAUCCUGAUGAUGCGUCUCAUCAGGAUCCAAACUUUUUGCUAUUCUUCUAUUAUUCUUUGAAAAAAAAAAAAGAAAAUACUAAUUUUAUAAAUUCAGCAGACGACAUUUUAGCAGACGACAAAUUUCCCAGCAUGCAAAGGAUUAAUACGAUACGAUGAUUUUGUUAAACGUACGACUAUAGUAACGAAAACACUAAAAAACUAAUUUUUAUAAGAAUGUACAUUAAUAGCGUAGUAAAUAUAAUAUUGGAUAUUUAUGUAUUGAUUUUUUUUAUUAAUUUAGACAUAUUUGUAUAUUCGUUGUACUUGAAAUAAUUAUGGAAUCCCAGAUCAAAAUGCAUAAUAUGUUAUUUUUCCAAUUCACGUGUUUUAUAUGGAGUUAUGAGGUAUAAAUUUAACAAAUCCAUUA